AUGGCAGUGCCUCGGCGACGUUUUAUCCGAUACCUAAUCCCCAUAGCUGCCAUCUUCUUGUUGUACCGAGCAUUCUUCGGGCUAUCAUCAGCCGGCAGUGACGACGGCCCGAUCUUGAAUCAAGCCCCCUCAUCCAAGGCUGGCCCAAUUGAGUUUGUCGCCUCUGGCUUCGACUGGGCUACCGGCUUUACGCCAUACCAUCCCCGCCCGCCCGCCGAGCAGGCCCGCUUGCCUCCCGCCUCGGCGAGGAAGCCCAUCCGACGUGUCCAGCACGCGUUCGAGGCCGACCCGCCCCGCCAUGACCGUCCCGUCCAGGAGGCGCGCCAAAAGGCCGUCCGCGACGCCUUCAAGAAGAGCUGGGACAGCUACGCGAAACACGCCUGGACCAUGGACGAGCUGCGCCCGCUGUCCGGCGGCGGCAAGACCACCUUUGGCGGCUUCGGUGCGACGCUGGUCGACGCCCUCGACACGCUGUGGAUCAUGGGCCUGAGGCAGGAGUUUGUCGACGCCGCCAGGGAGGCGUGCCGGCUAAACUUCUCCCCCGACGCCAUCACCAAGAGGGUCGACAGCCUCUACGUCUUUGAGACCACUAUCCGCUUCCUCGGCGGCAUGAUCUCGGCGCACGACCUCAGCGGCGAGCCGGCCCUGCUCAAAAAGGCGGUCGAGCUUGGCGACUUGCUAUUGGUUGCGUUUGAUACCCCGACCCGCAUCCCUGGGUUUUGGUUGAACUUUAAGGACGCAGCAGAUGGGAAACAGUAUGCUGGCAGUUCAGAUCCGGCCGCUUCUGCAACCUCUCUGUCUCUAGAAUUCACCAGGCUGGCUCAAUUGACCGGCAAUGACAAGUACUACGACGCCAUCGAUGUGAUCUCAACCAUGCUGCAAAAGACUCAGAAUCAAACACUGCUGCCGGGGAUGUGGCCAAUGCUGCUGAACUUUCAGUCGUGGGCGGAAAGUGGCGCCCAGCCACAUAGAGAAUUUGGCCUGGGAGCCCUUGCCGACAGUCUCUACGAGUAUCUGCCCAAGAUGCACGCACUACUUGCCGGCAGCGACCCCAAGUAUGAGACCAUGUACCGAGCCGCGAUGGACGUUGUCGAGAAGCACGUGCUAUUCCGGCCCAUGGCGCCACCCAACGGCAGCGCCACCGAAGGCACCAUACCCGACAUACUCUUCUCGGGCACCGCCACCGUCCACCAAGACGGCAGAGUGACCAACAACAACGAGGGCCAGCACCUAGCCUGCUUCACCGGCGGCAUGUUUGCCCUGGGCGGGCGGCUAUUCGACAUCCCCCAUCACAUACAGAUCGGAGAAAAGCUCGCCCGCGGCUGCGCAUGGGGCUACUCCAGCUUCCCCACCGGCUUGCUGCCCGAGAUAUUCGGCACCCCUGCGUGUCCAUCCAUCGACAAGAAGUGUCCCUGGGACGAGGAGCGGUGGAUGAGGGAGAUCAGAUCACCCUGGCAGACGCCCAAGAUCAACAUGAAGGGGGCCGUCGACGGGUCCGACAAGUCAAAGUUGCUCCCGCGGGGCUUCAGCCACGCUCGCGACCCGCGGUACAUUCUCCGGCCAGAGGCCAUCGAGAGCGUCUUUGUGCUGUACCGGAUCACGGGCCAGGACGAGCUGCGGGACAUUGCGUGGCAGAUGUUUCUGGACAUACAGACGGCCACGUCGACGCCGCUUGGCAAUGCUGCCAUUGAGGAUGUUACCGUGAUCGGUAAGCCAAAGCAGGUCGAUUCUAUGGAGAGCUUUUGGCUGGCUGAGACUCUAAAAUACUUCUAUCUCAUUUUCUCCGACCCUAGCAUUAUAAGUCUGGACGACUGGGUGCUUAAUACGGAGGCCCAUCCUUUUAAACGACCAAAGAGGGUUGAUAAUAAUAAUAAAGAGACAGCAGGCAGUGAGAUCUAGAAAAAAAAAGUAUUUCUGGUAAAUAUAGAUGCGGCUUUGAGAAAUCUCAUGUGACUUAUAUGACUAGAUAGAUACUGGAGAAAAAGAAAAGAAAAGAAAAAAAACUACCAUUCUGGG